CAAUAUUAUAUAACACAGCAGAAGCAGUCGACAUUAAUAACCAGCCCUGUUGUCAUCAUUCGAUCGACAGACCCCCUGUGCUCCGCAUAGGAUACAGAUACAGAAUACAAAAAAUUGUUGUGUCAAUCACGAAUCUACAGUAUAAACGCGACCUUCAUAUUUAUACAUUUUCUACAUGUAUUUUUGUUUUUUUAAACAGGACAACAAGCAAAAUGACACUGUCCAAAAGCACAGCACUAGCCAUCACUGCCAAAGAGUUUGCAAGAUGGCUCUCCCCAUUAUACAGUCGACAAAACAGCAUUGCUUCAUGCUUGGAGCAAGGUCUACCAAACAAUGAAAGACAUAAAAGUCAUUCCAUGGAUCAGAAUCCCACUGACAUUCAUCAAUCUCGUCUAGAGUCCAAGGACCACAACAUUGCUAUAGCUGUCUCUGGUGGUGUUGAUAGUAUGGCUCUUGUAACACUGUUGGCAAAACAUUAUUAUCCUACACAAGAUAGAACUAAACAACAACAGCUUCAUACUGUCCCUACAAAGCUACAUGCCUUAAUUGUCGACCACAAACUAAGAGAUGGCAGUUCUGAAGAGGCUGCCUUUGUUGCACAACAGGUGCAAAGACUGAAUGUCACCCCGCAUGUACUUACGUUGGAUUGGAUUGCCAAAGACAAAAACAGUGGCCAGAACCAAAACCAUCAGAAUGAUGAUAAUGAUGAGAUUUACCAGCUUAAUAGACCUAGUAAAGUUCACCUCGAGACUAGAGCGCGCGAGGAACGAUAUAGGGUCAUUGCUCAAAAGUGUCACGAACUUGGAGUCAGAGAUUUGUUUGUGGGUCACCAUUCUGGUGAUCAGGUUGAGACUGUCAUCUUUCGGUUCGCAAGAGCUAGUGGCAUUGAUGGCCUUGCAGGGAUCCAAGAAGAUACCCCUUUAAGCGUUGUAAACGUACCAGAAGGUUUAAAUAUCCAAAUCAUCAGACCACUUUUAAAAGCUACGAAAGACCGCCUGAAGGCAACAUGUAAUGAAGCAGGAACCCGAUGGGUUGAGGACCCUUCGAACAAGUCAUUGGAUUAUCAACGGAAUGUCAUCCGGCAUUUUCAGCAGGACAUAGAUGCGUGUGUCGAGAAGGACCCAAACUCGGAGCUGAGUCCUUUAUCAUCGAAGGCUUGGUUGGAAUUCCGUGCAAGGAUGGAUCAACAUCGGCGAGCGGCCUGGGAUCAAGUGAGACCAUGGUUACGGAACAUCUUCUUUGAUUCUGCAAAUGGUGUCUGCUAUGUAAAAUUGCAGGCGACCAGCACUUCAGAGGAUGCUAUAAGAAGUACAUCGAUUCCUACAAAAGUGGAAUGGUUGGAGAGAUCCCAGAAUCAUGUGGCCAUGCGCCUUGUCUCCUAUUUAAUACACUGGGUGAACUGUAAAGACCACGCUCCCCGUUCCGAAGAUGUGCAGAUGUUGUUGAAGCAACUGAAAAAACCUUAUUCUGUUAUUGGCUCUUAUUUUGAAGCAACUCGUAUGAAAAGCGUCUGUGAUAGCUCAACAAAGUCUAUACAGAAAAAGAAGCGCGCUUCCAAUCGUUCAUCUGCUGCCCGACAACAAGAUAUAUCAUCAAAGUUCGCCAUAGCCAUGACUGACAGUCAUUCUGAAGCAAUGUCACUUCCGCCCAUCAAUUUAGCAGGCGUGCAAUUCUCCCCACCAAGAAGCACAAAGGGCCUCCCUGAUUACUGGACCCUUGCUCGGCAACCAAUGUCCCGUGCCGAUCGAAAAGCCGUUACGAUAGCAUUUUCGAUAGGGGGCGAUAAUGAAGAAGCUAAGAGAGACAUUUUCUUUGAUGAGAGUAAACAGAGCAAUGAAGUUAACCUGCUUUGGGAUCAACGUUUUUUCCUCAAGAUACAAAGCAGUAGCUUUAGAAGCGUUCCCAAUGCUCCAUCAAGGGGUCGGAUAUACAUAAAGCCGAUGCGUCAGGAGGAUGCAUCAAUUAUUCAAAAACUAGAAGCAUCCGGCCAGCUGGAGCAAUCAAAGACGAUAGAUCUCCAUACAUGGAUGACGGCUGUACCAGGCAGCUGUCGGUUUACUGUCCCUGUUGUUUACCUAGAAGGCAACAGCGGCGAUACCGGGGCUGAGCCAAGAAGCCAGAUGUUUUUGUCCUUACCCACCCUGGGCCUUCAUAUGAAGGCUUCGCCAUUUGCCAUCCAAAGUUACUUCAAAUCCAAGCACCCAGUGGACGGACCAGAUAUGGCUUGUUUAAAAGAGGCAUUCAGUAAAAUGUUGAAGUAGAUGUAGACAAAAAGAAACACCUUUAUUUGAAAACAAUAUUAAUAAUGAAUGAAAGAGGGAGUAAGAGUGCAUAUAUAGUAUAUAGAGGAGAGUAUAGGGGAUCGGACGGUAUUUAUUAACUUUAUGGAGCUAUACAGUCGGGUAUCUUGAUCUUGAGGUUCCCGUCCUUGUCAAAAAGACCCCAAUAGGGUUCGACAGGAACCUUGGGAUCGUUCUUCCAU